GGAAUUUUCAAGUCGGUUACCCCGUGGCACUUGGCAGCGCUGUCACCUCCACGCUGAUCGCUCACUAUCCUCUCAUAGAAAUCGAAACCCUACUUACGUUCAGUUCGAAAAUCCACCAGUGAAGUGCACCAUCUCGCUCGACGUAGACCCUCUAACUGCCGUGUCAUCUCAACAAGUCCAGCACAAUGGCCACGAAUGGUAACGUAACGUUUUCACCUUUCACUCAAAGCAUUGAUCCAGGAUUUUCAACGCGAGCCAUCCACGAUGGUCAAGAUCCAUUUCAGUGGCCAUCAGCCUGUGUUGUAACUCCAAUUGUAACAGCAACUACUUUCAAACAAAAAGCUCCUGGAGUUCAUCAGGGUUUUGAAUAUGGCAGAAGUGGUAACCCAACAAGAAAUGUUUUGGAAUCUAUCAUCGCCUCCCUUGACAAAGGAAAGUACUGCCAAGCAUUUCCCUCCGGGCUUGGAGCAACGACGUCCGUUAUCAAUGCUCUCCUCAAAGCUGGGGACCACAUUAUUUGCUGUGAUGAUGUUUAUGGUGGUGUAAAUAGGUAUUUUAACAAAAUUGUGGCUAAGUACGGCAUUAAAUCAGAUUUCAUCGAUUUGACGAAUGCAGCCGAGUUGGAGAAAACAUUGAAGCCGGAAACAAAGAUGCUGUGGAUGGAAAGCCCAACGAAUCCAUUAAUGAAAGUGAUGGAUCUACCCAAAUUGGCAAAAAUUGCUAAAGCGUAUAACAAAGAUAUCAUAAUCGUUGCUGAUAAUACUUUCUUAACUUCCUAUUUUUGUAGGCCACUAGAAUUAGGUGCAGAUAUUGUACUGUAUUCAUUGACGAAGUACAUGAAUGGACAUUCAGACGUCUUGAUGGGUGCAUGUGUCACUAACAGUCCAGAAUUAGAAGAAAAAUUAAGAUUUGUGCAAAAUGCUUGUGGUAUAAUUCCUAACCCAUUCGACUGCUAUCUAGUCUCCCGCAGUUUGAAAACUCUCAGCGUUCGAAUGGAGAAACAUAUGACAAAUGGUUUAGCUGUAGGAAAAUACUUAGAAACACAUCCAAUGGUUGAACAAGUUUACCAUCCAGGGCUUCCAUCCCACCCGCAACAUGCUAUUGCCAAAGCGCUAUGGAGUGGCUGCAGUGGUAUGCUCUCACUCUACCUUAAAGGUGGCUUGGAACAGAGUAACGCUUUCUUGUCAGCUUUGAAAGUUUUUAUUCUAGCUGAAAGUCUUGGAGGUUAUGAAAGUUUGGCAGAUUUACCAUUGAUAAUGACGCAUGCUUCCGUACCUCCCGAAGACAGAGUGAGACUUGGAAUCAACGAAAGUCUAAUUAGGUUGUCUGUCGGUCUUGAGUCUGAGAUCGACUUAAUCGCUGAUUUGGAGCAAGCUUUGAAGAUUGCUGAAAAAACUAUGAAGAAAAAAUAAGAAUUGACCCAGUGUGCUAAUUUGUUUGUGAAGAACGCAACUCCAUCCAAUCUCUUCUUCAAUUUCUGAUUAUGUCUUCCCCUCAUGACAGUCAAUAAUGUGUCUAUUUUUGUCUUAAUUCAAUUCAUCAUGACUUCCCCCCAACUCAGAACUUAGGAAUUUCUUCUGUUCAAUUUAUCGUUUACAUUGUUAUGAUAAGGGUACCUGAAUGUGCAAUUACACUGAAUAGAAAUUUAUUCGAAAAUUGGAUGAAUCCGCCUCCAGAUUAGAUUGCUAAUCCGAAUCUGUGCCAAAUCCAGAUUACAUAAAUUUAAUCUCACUAAAUAUAAUUUUGGAGCUACCUGUGUUCCUCUGAACUUUGAAGUUCUUUGCGAGCCAAUACAAGAUAUAAAGUUGUGCCAAAAUUAAUUUUUGAGGUUAAAAUUGUCUAACGAACAUAAUUGGGUCUUUUGGGAUUGCUCAUAAAUUACGGAAUGCAUUCACAGUAGGAGUCUAAAGCUUUGUUGAGGGGAGGAAGGUUACUUUUAUUAGUGUGAAGUAGCACUCAAAAAAAUACGUUUGAACAUUUUUUUGUCAAACAACCAACAAUAACUUGGAACUGGUAAUGUAAUUUACAAGGGUUGCUUUACCAAAGGGACAAAAAAACUGAAGAAUAAGCUGGAAGUACAUAUUACGUUUAUUUAUGAGCAGCCCCUUUAAGAAAAAUUCUCAAAUGCCCUUCUUAUUUUGUUACCAUUAUUAUUAUUUUUUUAAUGAAGAUCCUUGAUUUGAAAAAGGAACCAUGCUGCUCGCUUUACUUUAGUAUUAUUCUUUAAGUGGUGUGUUCUCUCUUUAAAAGCUCUCUCUAAAUUGUGAAUUGAAUCAGUUGGUGCAUGAACGACAAAUCUUCUUUUUUUUUCAAGAAAAUUCUUUUAAAUUUGUAAUAUUCUCACUGCAAGAGUUUUUUCUGCUUACAACUAAUUUAUCAGAUCAUUUUCAGAAUUUUUUUAUAAAUUUAUGUUUCUUUUUCAACGUACCCUGAUGUUUCCAUAUUUAAUUACCUAGCCACCCAAAAAGAUGAAUAUUACGCAGAUUUAAGGAUGUCUCACAACAAACAAAAAUGUAACCUAAAGUUAGGGGAAUUGCAAUCAAACAAAGGUCAUACCACCAAUAGUUUUGAAUCAUUGUCAGCAGCUAAAAUACGUCCUUUUGUAAUCUUAGAUGUUUUUGCUUUUUUUAUUUAUGAAAUUUUAAACUAAAAAUAAAUGUUUUUUAUUUGUUUA